AUGAGCACUCAGUUCAGCAAGAGGCGCGCCGGUGACGGUGGCACAACUGAAUCUGUCUCAGCUGUUGGCAAUACGGAGAACAUGGUGGAGCUGAGCUCGUCCCAGGAAGCGUUUCGGGUUGAUCCGGAUUUCCAGACCUUCGAUGCCAGUCUCCAGCAGCGCUUCAGCUGCCUUUUGUCUGAUCCGGCCGUCAACGUCCAGCUCCCCUCAAUUUCCUUCGACUCCACUGGAUCCCUCUUUUAUGUGAACCAGGAUGGCGUUAGCAUAAAUCUGGAAAGCAAAAAGAAUGUAUGGAAGAAUCCCAAGUCGUUCCAGCCGGUUGUUGACUACUUCAAGAAUAGUAUACAUACGAGUGAUUCCCUUAUUGCUCUCGAAACGAGUCUUAAGAAAGCUCGCGACUCUCAACCUUUCGUUGAACUCGCUAAAAAAAGCUUCGACGAAGAAUACGCUGUCGCUGUCGCCGCCGAUGAAGAGGACCAACCUCCGAGGAAGACGAGAUACGCGAAAACCUUAGAUGAGUUUAGGCAAUAUUUUUUCGCCGACGGAAUUGGUGAGUUUAAACCGGUAUACCAGCAACAAUUGUCAUCGCUCGGGAAGUUACAAAAUCUAGAAGCGGAACAAGACAAAAAGCUUAAAUCAGUUAAAAUAUGGAGAAAUGUUACUCGCAUAAUCUUUGUCUCGGCUUUUGCGGCACUUUUCAUCUGCUCCGUGGUAGCUGCUUUUGAGGCAGCAUCUCGCAUAGCGGCGGCAUUGGCGGCAGCCACUGCGAUUCCCGUGGGAUCCAUUGGAAAGUGGUUUGAUUCCAAGUGGAAGGACUAUCAGGACGCCCUUAAAGUUGAGAAGGAACUAAUUAAUAAAAUGCAUGCAACGACUUCUGUUGUGCUUACUUAUUUGAAUAACAUUAAAAUUUUAGUAAACCGAUUGGAAGAUAAUAUAAGAUCGUUGUCUGAUGAUGCGGAAUUUGUGCUCGAAGAUGAAGAUGCCGUCAGGCCCGUGAUUGAGGAGAUGAGAAAGAAGAUAGAAGUCUUUAUGAAAAUCAUUGAGGAUUUGGUGCAGCAGGCUGAUCAGUGUAGCAGGAUCUUAAGCAGGGCAAGUGCUGUGCUUAUCGUUGAAUGCGCUAUUAAAAGUUUCGAAGAAGAAUACGCUGUUGCUGCCGACGAGGUCCAACCCCCGAAAACCCUAGAUGAGUUGAAGCAAUAUUUUUUCUUCGACGACACUGCACUUCUCAUCUGCUCUGUGGUAGUUGCUCUUAAGACAUCACCUGCAAUGCCGGCUGCCACUAUGAUUCCCAAUGGAUCCAUCGGAAAGCGGUUUGAUUCCAUGUGA